AAGAGGGAGAGGAGGAGAAGAGAGGAAGAGGGAGAGGAGGAGAAGAGAGGAAGAGAAGAGGGAGAGGAGGAGAAGAAGAGAGAGGGAGAGGCGAGGCCGUGUGUGCGCUCGGGGGUUCGCAGUGACGGGGCAGCGCUGGGGCCGGAGGCGCUUUGGUUCCUGGUGCCCGUUGGCUUUUUCUCUUUUCUCAUUGUACUUUGUUGUUGUUGUUGCUCUCGCCUGUUGCGCAGCGCCCUGAUUCGGGAAGAGUGGGAUUUGAGAGGUGUUAGUGUCCGUCACUGCAUUAAAACACAAGUUUUGGCCUGAGCGCCCGUUUUGUCACACAACUACAGAAGUGGAAAUUCGAGGAACUUCAGCUCUGGAGCUGCACGAACUUUCUGUGCUUGUGGGUCACAAGCCCGUGGUGCAGGUUGCUCUGGAAACUGGAGUAUGAAACAGCCGUGGCCCGUAGUUCUGUUGUGGUGUUUCUGGCUGUGCUGUCAUUGCUGCCCUUUCAGUAACACUGUGGAAAACAACCUGUCCGAUAUUUAAAGGCUGCCCUUACAGGAUCAGCUUUGGAAGGUUGUGGAAUACUGUAGAUCACAUCAUCAGGUCGUUAGCUUGAGAAAGCUUUUGGAAGUGAGAUUAAUGCCCUAGUCUUUGUAAGAAAAAAUAGGUAGUUUCUGAAAACAGGAGAACGUUUUUAGCCCUGUGAUGUCAAACCUUAUGGAAAGUUAAGGCUAUUGAGAAAACCGACAUAGAAGGGACCUUAUUUGUGUACAGAAGGUCAGCUUCUCCUUAUCAUGGUUUUACGAUAGUGAAUCGACUGAACAUGCACAACCUGGUUGAGCCAGUAAAUAAAGAUUUGGAGUUUCAGCUCCAUGAACCUUUUCUUCUCUACAGAAAUGCCAGCUUGUCAAUUUACAGUAUUUGGUUUUACGACAAGAAUGACUGUCAUCGAAUAGCAAAACUCAUGGCUAAAGUGGUUGAACAAGAAGCUCAGAGAUCACAGCAAGUUUCCCAGGACAGAAAAAGUCCCAGCAGAACCAACGGCUGCAAUGAAAACAGGCCCAUUGACAUCCUGGAAAUGCUCAGUAAAGCCAAGGAUGAAUAUGAACGAAAUCAGAUCAGUGACUUAAGUAUUGUAUCAAGUUGUGGAAUGCAACAAAAUUCAAAUCCUCCAAAGCCAGAAAGCACAGAGCCUUCAGAACAAAAGCCUUCAUUACAAGUGCAAGAGCAGCCAUUUCAGUCAAGGCAGAAGCAUCUGACUUUGGAGGAACUGUUUGGAACCUCUGUACAAAAGGAACAGCCCACUGCUCCGUAUCCCAACGCAGAGAGAAUGGAGAAGCUGCAGACAGAUGCAUCUGCCAGAGAGCAGCACAGUUUGCUUUUGCCUUUUUCCUUUGACCAGUCACCAGUAAUGCAACAAUCCCUAGGGAAAUCAGAAAGUCCAGGCGUUAAAACCAGUGCCAAUCAGCAGGACUGUUUAACACCUAUGCUAAUGCCUCCAGCUUCGGUGUCCCAGCCUGAUAUAAAAAAUGUUUCAAGCUAUUCAGUUCGUUUAAGCCCUGUUCUUAAUUCAGCCUCGACAAUGGAAGCUGCCCCUGCUCAGAUGCUUCCUGGCCUAAAACAAAGCAACAGUAUAAUGCAAGUUAUGCAGCAAGCUGCCAAGCCCAUAUCCCCACUGGUGAAUCAGCCGCCGUCUGAGGGGAACCACGCUCCACAAAACCUAAUGGCUGGCCAAAGCCAGCUCAUAGCACCCUUGACAACAACCAACACGGGAACUGUCUCAAAUCCAUCUCAUACAAGUGUUGAUCUUCUCCAGAAACUCAGGUUGACCCCACAGCAUGACCAAAUGCAACAGCAGUCUCUCACUAAAACGUCCUUAACACCGAACAUCUCUGCCUCGGUUGGCCAACUUGCAACACCAGAGAGCUUCAAAGAAUCUCACACUAAGCCAUCAGCCUUGAACAGCAAGAUAAUCCCUCCCCUUCAGACUGUACAGCAAAACAAAGAACCAGAAGUGUUUCCACAGCCAAAGACUUUGUCUAAGGCAAGUCAAGUCGCACCUCCACAGUUUGUUACAGCCACGACAACAGUAACACCUUCAGUCCUCUUGUCUCCCAGUGUGUUUCAGCAAUCAGCUACAAAGGCUACUGAAGUGGAGAAUAAAGCCAGUUCUUCUUCGCCUUUAACACUUGGAACAACAGAAAUUCAAACUACACCUCCUACUGUUCUCAGUAGGUCUCAGCUGCAAGAAGCACUGAUACAUCUAAUAAAGAAUGAUUCCCAUUUUCUCAGCACUAUCCAUGAAGUCUACUUGCAAGUCCUAACCAAGAGUACAGACAACAUUAAGCUAUAAUUGAAGCUGAAUCUAUUUAAAAUGUGUCCAUUUUAGAAACAAUUAUGCCUCAUCUAUAAAACUAAUAUUUUUGUAAAAGAAUAUUUAGUUUUCAAUGUCUUGAAUUUGAACCUGUUAGGAAAGACUAUUCCUUAAAUAGUUAUGAAAGUAAUGUUCUCAGAAGUGAUCUAGGUUUUCACUGUGAUCAUCACCAGCAAACCUUUCUUUUAUUGGGGGGGAACUUAAGUUGCAUUUGAGCUCUCAUUAGCAUUAAGUGAAUGUGCAAAUGUUUGCUCUGGCUCUCAUUCCCAGCUGUAUUCACUGUUCAAGGACUACAGACUCAACACUCUUUCAACCAGCAAACACACAGUACAGUACACUACAGCACACCAAGACAGAAUUCAGUUGUGGGAAACUAGUUCCAGUUGAAGGACUAAGGAAAAGGAGAACAAAAUGCCUUGUGAUUAAACUGGCAGGUGUGGGGAAGGAACAGAUCUGGAAGCCAGGCCUUUGGAGCUAAAUCUUUAACAAAAGGUCUAAAAAUGUGAUUUGCUCAAUACAUUGACAGUCUGCAGUUAUUGCACGUAAAUUCAUCUUUCAAUAUUUCAUUAAUCUUACUUGCUUUUGUGUUACUUGCAUUAAACAGGUAUCCAAGUGAGUAAGGCCAUUUUCUCUAAAAAGGAAAAUCUGAAAUAUGCAAAAUCUUCAGUGAUUGUAUAAUUUUUUUUAAAGUAGUUCUGUUGCAUGUUGAAGUUCUCUUGUUUUAAAUUUAUAGUUAGGAGACCACCACUGGAAAACCCUCUUCCUCUUCAGCGGUGUUUGAUAAAAUUUAAAUACUUUGUUCCCUUUUAGCUUAAGGAUGGACCACAUCAUAGUUGGUUUUCAUUCCUCAGUUGUGUUGGAACUGCAGUGUUGAAGACUAUGCAGAUGGGAAACAAAUGCAUGCUUUUCUUCUGUUGCCCUCUCCCCAGAUUGUUAGUGCACACUUCAUAGUCUGAAGUUUAUCUAAUUAAAAUGUUAUUGCUUUGUAUAUGUGAUUUAGUAAGUCCCUGUUCACUAACUAAGAAUUUAACUGGUUACCUUCCCAUUUGAAAUUGGAAAAUUUCUAAUUAUACUUUCUUAUGCUGCUGUGUUGGUUUACCCAUGGCUUGUAUUUAUUUCUUAAAGGCAUGCAGAGGUGAUUAAUCUGACUCCAGCUCCCAACUUUCUCCAGCAAUAGUAGUUUUAAAGGAUGCUUUUUCAGUAGAAAACUGUUGGGUUAUUGAGUAAAAAGAUAAUCUGUAGUGAGUUAUGAUGCACUGCUUUGUUCUUUUCCCUCAAGCACUAUUGAAAUAUGAGGAAAAAUAUUGUUUGGCUCCUUGCAACAUAUAUGUAUGAUAUAUAUAUCCUAAGGAUUAGUUAAUAUUGCCAUAGUCAAGGUGCAUGGCCAUUUCAUUGGAAACUAGUAACUGAGCUUUAAUUGUGACUUGUUCACAAAUUGGGAUGUUUUAGAUACAACAAAUAUUUACAUUUUUAUGUAUUUGAUCUAUUUUAGUUUUUUUCAUAGCUUUUUAGUGGAAAAUAUAUUUUGUUUAGCACUACCUGCCUUCUGAAAAUAUUUUCUCAGCCUUUGAGUUCAGUGUUUCCAGUUAAAAUACAUACUGUAUUGUUAGAAAAACGUGCAAGAUUCAGGGAAAGAUGCUAAUGUCAUGCACAUUCAUCAAGAAAUAUAUUGGAUUUAAUAGUAGCAUUUGAAUUCAGCAAUAUAAACUCAGCCUUGUUAUGGAAGAUAGAACCUUCCUCCAUAAAUCCUAGAGUUGUAAUACUGUGUAUGCACAUAGACAGUGAGACUCAGAUCUAAGGUCUAAAUUAAUUUUUUUGUUGGGUUUUUUAGGAAAAGUUUCACUAAAAGGGACAAACCAAUGAGCAGUUCCUCUGGACAAAAAUGGACAGUCUAAACCAAAUAGAGAGUUGCUUUUAUCUGGAUUUAGCAAAGAUGCCUUCUCACUUCUCGUGGGCAGCUUACAGUUUCUUCAAAGAAAGAUUUGGUAAAAGUUUGUAAGAAUAGAAAUGCUGGAAGCUGAUAGUGUUCAUGGGUGCUGUUUGCUAAAUACAGUCAUAUCCAAAGACCUGUAGAAAUGAUAUGAAGGAGUUGUAUUUUGAGUUCUUCAGCCACCUACAGUUGACAAAAGUAAUACUACUCUGAAUAUCCUUAAGUUUUGAGGGUGCCUGGCCAGCUGGAAACAAGCAGUGGCAGAUUCUUCCUUGACUUUGGUUUUGUAGUGUCCUGGUAGCAGCAGACUCUUGGUUUACUCCCCUGCCCCAGCUUUCAGAACGAACUGGCAGAGAACCAGAGUUGAAAUGCCAGCAGACAAACUGUUCAUCUCGGACACGUGCACGUGUUUGUUCCAAGCUCUGCCUGUCCCAGCCUCAGUGGCAGCGGACACGGAACCAACCUGGGUGUCGCCCAGCACUGCAGAGGUUUGACAAGUGCCAGGGUAGUGGCUUUAACAGAUAAACUCCUUGCAUGAAGAGUUAAUUGUAGAACACAAGCUCAGUUAUAGUGUAAAAUUUGAAUAUUUUUUUAAAUGUGGACUGUAUAUUUAAAAACUUCUUUUUUCCUAAUUAUUUUAACUUUUUGUAUAAGUUUAAAAUUACCAGCUUGUUGAAGUGCUUGAUUCAUGUUUUCCACAUGUAGGGAUAACCAGGGUGUAGCAAGUUACCAGGGGUCAUCACAGGAAAUGAUUGUGACCAUUUUCAAGUGAUUUUGAUUUUUUGGUUUUGUUAUUUUUUUAGCUACUGGCUUAAUGGGAUUUUACCUGUUAUUUCUGAGAAUUAAAGAUUAUUAGUUCAGACUGUACUCCCCAAAUUAAUUCUUAUCUAAGCAUGUGUUUUGUGGCUCAUGUUAAGUCACUUCUGGGGAAAAAAAUGAGAGUCCAAACUCAAACAUAAUAAAAGACAGUUUUAAAACCUACAGCUGCUUAAUUGUUCAGGAAAAUCAAAAUUCUCAGUUUUGUAGUUAGACUUUCUCUGCUGUUAUUUACAAUGCAAAGUUUAUAUGAAAGGUGCCUAACAGCUAAUAAGUUUAGAAGCAGUAUAUCUUUCCAGAUUAAACAAGAUUUGCAGAAUGAGUGAUAAAGUUUCAAAAAAAAAAUUUAAGUGAUGCAUCUUGAUUUCAUAGAAACUGUUUAAUUCUCUGUAUAAAUGCUCAGUAUUGCAUUUAAACACUGCUGGAUGUUUCUCAUUUUUGCUUGCAUUUCUAAUUACUUCAUUUUGCUUUAUUUCUGAAACACAUUAUGCCAUGUGUAGCCACUGAUACAAUUGCUGAAAUACUCUGGAAAGCAAACUUUAAUUUGGGACUUGUUGGUUUUUAAAAGUAUUCUAAACAAAUCAGCCACCUUUUUGCCAGGUAUUUGAGUUGCUUUGUACAGCAUAUCUUAACAGGAGGAAUGUGUGCAAUAUGUAUCACCUCAGUUUUGUCUGGCAAUGUUACGAAAAUGUUAAGAUGCAAUAUCUUCUUUUCACUUCAAAUUUGAAAAACUGCAGUAUCUCUGAUUUGGUGGUGUAUUUAUUUUUAUCUAUUCAGUGUAUGGACAUAUGGUUAGUUAGGUUUUUUUAUGUACACUAUGUGCUUUAGUAAUUUCUGAGUUUUAAUCACUUCUGUGGAUGCACCAGUUGUAGCCAUUUGCAUGUUCUUUCAAUAUGAAGACCAUGGGGAAGGGAGCUUCAGGAAAGAUUUCUGGAAACCGGAAUAAUUGUAAGUCAGUAAAUGUAGAUACUGCAUCAUUAACGUUUUUGGUAUGGUAUGGAUUUUAUAGCACCUAUGUAUGUUUGCAGUUAUUAAGUUAUUGCAUAAAUGUUUAAGAAUGAACAUUUUUUUCAUCCAAAAUUUUGUAUGUUUGCAAAUAUAUUUUUGUAAUAAAACUUCAAAACAAAUGUUUCAGCA